GGCCCAACCCCAGGGCCAAGUCCAGAGGGAGCGCAGUCACCGGCUCCCACCGAGCCAGCUCAGCCAGGCAGGGCAGGCGGGAGUGGGACACUCGCUGGGAGAGCUGCGGGGAGGAGCUCUGGCCCUGGCUGCCAGAGCCCAGACCCCAGAGCCCUGCUGGAGAGGAGGUGGACCAGGAGGCAGGCCCCGUGGGGAGUGAGGCGCCGCCAUGGAGGACGGCUACACCGAGCUGGAGAAGGCGGUCGUGGUCCUGGUGGAGAACUUCUACAAGUACGUGUCUAAGCACAGCCUGGUCAAGAACAAGAUCAGCAAGAGCAGCUUCCGGAAGAUGCUGCAGAAGGAGCUCAACCACAUGCUGACGGACACAAGGAACCGGAAGGCUGCUGACAAGCUCAUCCAGAACCUGGACGCCAACCACGACGGCCGCAUCAGCUUCGACGAGUACUGGACCUUGAUAGGCGGCAUCACCAGCCCCAUCGCCAACCUCAUCCGCCAGCAGGAGCAGCAGAGCAGCAGCUAGAGGACCACCCCGCCUGCCGCGGCCCGGAUGCCCGGAUGCCCGGAUGCCCGACGCCCGGCCCCUCGUGCUCCUCCCACGCUCCCUCCUCAGCCUCCCGCCCACCCAGGCCCCGUCCUCAACUUCUCCCUCCAGACCUUCUGCUGACCUUUGCCGAGCAGGGGGAAGGUGUGAUGUUACUUCAGAGCGUCUCCCUGAGGGUGCCCCCCAAGGGUCUCAGUCCUUGGAGCCAGCAGGCCCUGGAAGCCCCUCUGUGAGAUCUCGUGCUGUUCAGAGACCCCGAGAGUUUCCUCAGCCCAUCCCCCCUUCUGGCGGCUGAUGUGCCCACCGGAUUCUGCGUCUCUCCUGACCUCCCGCGGUCUGGUCGCUGCCCCAGGUCUUCCUGCUCCUGGCUGCUCUGUCCCCUGGGCUCCUCUGCUGGGUGCAGGAGCCUUCCGGGACCUGCCCAGCAGCCGUCUCUCGGGCUGGGAACAGCUAAGCAGGGUGGAGCCCCCUCCCUCCUGCUCAGCUGCGGAAGCAUGGCAGAAAAGGCUGGAUUUGGAGUUUGUGUCCCCCUCGGCCCAGUCCCUUUGUGAUGCUUAUUAAAACCUCUCCACACCUUGGA